AUGGACGGUUCAGGAGACUGGGGCGAUGCCUACGCCAAAGCCCAAGCCUUCGUGAAGCAGCUCACCCUCCUCGAGAAGGUCAACCUCACAACCGGCGUCGGAUGGAAAGGUGAGGGUUGCGUGGGCAACACGGGGUCCAUUCCACGUCUAGGGUUCCAGGGAAUCUGUUUCCAAGACGGACCGCUCGGCGUCCGGUUUGGUGAUUACGUUUCCACGUUUCCUGCCGGCGGCACCGUCGCCGCGUCUUUCGAUCGCGAGCUGUGGUAUGAAAGGGGGCGGCGGGUCGCAUUGGAGCAGAGUGAUAAAGGCGUUGAUGUCCAGCUCGGUCCCGCGAUAGGUCCUCUCGGACGCCACCCUGCCAGCGGUCGGGUCUGGGAAGGGUUCAGUCCCGAUCCAUACUUGAGCGGCGUGGCUGUAGCGGAAACGAUCAAGGGGAUGCAAGAUGCAGGCGUCAUCGCGGUGACGAAACAUUUCAUCGGCAACGAGCAAGAGAAUUUCCGGCAGGCGCCCGAGGCCCUGAGUUACGGCUUUAACGUCUCGGAGUCGCUCAGCUCGAACAUCGACGACACAACUCUCCACGAGCUGUACCUCUGGCCCUUUGCCGAUGCAGUGCGCGCAGGGACCGGAUCAGUCAUGUGUUCGUACACGCAAGUCAACAAUUCCUACGGCUGCCAGAACUCGUACGUCAUGAACGGUAUUCUCAAAACCGAGCUGGGGUUCCAAGGCUUCGUGGUAACCGACUGGUCUGGGCAACAUUCAGGCGUGAGUAGCGCUCUUGCGGGCCUCGAUGUCGCUAUGCCGGGCGACACGGACUUCGGUUCAGGCUACGCCUUCUGGGGGCCGAACCUGACGCUCGCUGUUGUGAACGGAUCGAUUCCAGAAUGGCGCGUCGACGACAUGGCAACUCGCCUGAUGGCCGCCUUCUACUACGUCGGCCGAGACAAGCUACAGCGCCCGGUCAACUUCAACUCCUGGUCGAAGGAUACGUAUGGGUGGAAGAACGCGAUCUCGGACAAGAACUGGGGGCUCAUCAACCAACACAUCGAUGUGCGGCGAGACAACACUGCUUUCAUCCGCGACGCAGCGGCUCGUUCUGUAGUCCUGCUCAAGAACGAGGGAGCGCUGCCCCUCUCUGGACAUGAGAGAUUCACAGCCGUGUUCGGCAGCGACGCAGACGAUUCUCCGCUUGGACCGAACGCGUGUGAUGAUCGCGGCUGCGACGAAGGCACCCUGGCAUCAGGCUGGGGAUCCGGAACUUCAGACUUCCCAUUCCUCGUCUCCCCUCUCACAGCGAUCCAGAACGAAGUGGUCAGCAAGAACGGCGGCCUCAUCCAGUCCGUCACGGACGACUACGCGUACGAACAGGUGACCGCCCUAGCCGCUCGUGCCAGCCACUGCCUCACCUUCGUCAACGCCGACGCAGGCGAGGGCUACAUCUCCGUUGACGGCAACCACGGCGACCGCAACAACCUCACGCUCUGGCACGACGGCAACACCCUCAUCGACACAGUCGCCUCCUCCUGUAACAACACCAUCGUCGUCAUCCACGGCCCCAGCGCCGUGCAAGUCGACACCUUCGCCGACCAUCCCAACGUCACCGCCAUCCUCUGGGCCGGGUUUCCAGGCGAACAAUCCGGCAACUCCAUCGCCGACGUCCUCUACGGCCGCGUCAACCCGGCCGGCCGCACGCCGUUCACAUGGGCGCGCGACGUCACCGUCGACUACGGCACCGACAUCCUCUACUACCCCAACAACAACGCGACCGGCGUCCCGCAACAAGACUUCACCGAAGGCAUCUUCAUCGACUACCGUCACUUCGACGCCGCCAACAUCACGCCCGUGUACGAGUUCGGCCACGGCCUCUCCUACACCACCUUCGCCUACGCCAACCUGAGCAUCACCAAGCACACCGACGCCCCGCCGUACGCCCCCAACAACCGCAGCAUCGCCGACGGCGCGCCGCCGCUCGUCCUCGGCAACCACAGCACCAACCUCGACGACUACCUCUUCCCGACCGACGGUUCCGUCGUCCGCGUCCCCGGCUACAUCUACCCCUGGCUCAACGACACUGACGCCUCCGCCGCCACCGCUGCGGCCACGACGAACAGCUCGUCCCCCACGCCUCAGCCGCCCGCACCUGCCGGUGGCGCACCAGGCGGCAACCCGCGUCUCUGGGACGUGCUGUUCACCGUGCGGGCCACCGUGACGAACACUGGCGGCGUGGCCGGCGACGAGGUGGCGCAGCUGUAUGUCUCGCUGGGCGGUGAGCGCAAUGCGCCGAAGGUGCUGCGCGGGUUCGAGCGGCUGGCGGACAUACAGCCGGGGGAGAGCGUCGAGUUCAAGGCGGAGUUGACGCGGAGAGAUGUGAGUAAUUGGGAUGCUGGAGCGCAGGAUUGGGUGGUUACGGCGGACGAGAAGAGGGUGUUUGUGGGGCCUAGUUCGAGGGUUGUGGGGGUGGAGGGGGUGUUGGAUUUGUAG